AAAAAAACUUUAGUUCUCCUAUAUAGUCUGUGAACUCUGUGGCAAUAAUAUAGAAUCGAUAGCUACAUAUUUAUUUUUAUGUGUUAAUUUGUAAUUUUCAUUAUUAUUUUGCAAAUAAAUCUGUAGUGUACUUAGACAUUUGAUUAAAAUGGAUGAUGAAUCCAGCUCAGAUAUACAGAAAUGUCUUUCAGAGGACCCAAUUGAUACUGAUGAAGGGCCACUGAUCAACGAAAACUCGAAUGGAUUGUCUCAUUUGUUAACGGAAGGAGAGUUCAACAGCGUGGAUGCGGUCGUGGUGGACGAGUCGUCGGCGUCUAACCAAGGUUUCCUUAAUGCUGUCGAGCUGUCUGCGGGUAGCGUGGGGGACUAUUUGGAACAGAAUACGGAAGGAUUUAACACGGAUUCUUUUGACGUGGGUGACAAUGCGGUCACUUUUCCGAGCGAGUCUCUGAAUGUACUCUCCGACGGCGACUCUUUACUUUGUGAAAAUGUGUAUAAAGUGGGCUCUGAUACUGAUGGUGAUGUUACAGAGAGUCAGACGGUGAAGAUGGACACUGUCUAUGAAAGGGAGAAUCCUAGUGAAAUAUCAGGUGAUGCUUUUUCAAUGAUGGAGAGUAAUCCUGCACAAUCGAAGGGGUGUGAGGCAACUACUAAUGAAAAGAGUUGUGAAUCAAAUACUACUGAGAAAACAGAACAGUUACAAAUUAACAAGGUUAAAAUUGCUGUAGAAAAAACUCUACUAGUGGCAGAAAAAAGUGAUUUACUAAAUGCAGAAGAAAGUUCAGUACCUGUACAGGAAAGUGCUCUAGUGACGCCAAAAGAAAAUGCAUCACUAGUUGCAGAAGAAAGUCCAUCAAUCAUUGCAAGAGAGUCUAUAAAGCUAGACAACAGUGCACAACCUGUGGAUGAAAAUUCAUUGGAAUAUACUGAAUCGCUGAAGAAAGAUGAGAAGGUUGGUGGUGCUGAAGAAACUGAAGUGGUUUCUGAAGAUGAAUUGCCCACAGUACAGAAACCAAGUGUGAAGGAUGCUGAGAAUGUUUCAGAUGACGAACUACCUGGUCCAAAACCUGCAGAGUUACCUGCCGAUACUGAAGUUGUCUCUGAAGAUGAACUGCCAGCAUCUAAGAAAGACUCAAAAGAGUCACGUAAACGCAAACCAGAUGAGGAAAGAAGUGGAUAUGACCCUGGAUCUCCUACAUCAGAGAAUGAAUCUGCUAGCAAGAAACAAGCUAUUGCUAAGAAUGGUGAGAGCAAACCUAUUCCCGCUGAAAAGCGAUCAUCAAUUGAUGAAAAGCCCAAGAAGAAAACUCUACCUGAACUUGACAAGUAUUGGAAGGUCGUCAAUGAGGACCCAACAGAUUUCACUGGCUGGACAUAUUUAUUGCAGUAUGUCGACCAAGAGAGCGACGUAGAGGCUGCGCGCGAGGCAUACGAUGCGUUUUUAUCUCAUUACCCGUAUUGCUAUGGGUAUUGGCGGAAAUACGCCGACUAUGAAAAACGUAAAGGAAGUAAAAAGAAGUGCCUGGAGGUUUUGGAAAGAGGACUUAAAGCUAUACCAUUAUCAGUUGAUUUGUGGGUACAUUAUCUUAAUCACAUUAAGGCCACACGAACUGAGGAUCAUAGUUUUAUAAGAUCCCAAUACGAGAGAGCUAUAGAUGCAUGUGGUUUGGAAUUUCGUUCGGAUCGACUUUGGGAAUCGUAUAUCAAGUGGGAAGCGGAGAAUGGAUCAGCGCUUAAUGUCACCAAUAUUUACGAUCGUUUGUUGGCUACGCCCACACUGGGAUACACUUCGCAUUUUGACAACUUCCAGGAGCACGUGAUGUCGGAGCCGGUGACGGGAGCGGUGAGCAGCGCGGAGCUGGUGCGCGUGCGGGCGGAUGUGCGCCACGCCGCGCCCGCGCUCCCGCAGCUAGACCUGCCGCCCGGCGAGGACGAGCCCCUCGACCACGUGGCAUCCGAGGAAGAAGCGCAAGCGAUCAAGGAACGAAUAAUCGCCGCUCGCCGGAAAGUGCACAAAGCUACUGGUGAACAAGUCGCUGCCCGGUGGUCCUUUGAAGAGGGUAUCAAGCGUCCAUAUUUCCACGUGAAACCAUUAGAAAGAUGUCAGCUGAAAAAUUGGAAGGCGUAUCUAGAAUGGGAGAAGCAGCACGGGUCACUGAAGCGGGCGCUCGUGUUGCACGAACGGUGCCUUAUAGCCUGCGCGCUUUAUGAAGAGUUUUGGAUGCGGCUGAUAAAGUUCCUGGAGGAACGCCUGGAGAGUAACCCGGAGCUGGUGAGCGUGGAGCGAGAGGUGCUGGAGCGGGCGUGCACGGUGCACCACCUCGACAAGCCCGAGCUGCACCUGCACUGGGCGCACUUCGAGGAAGCGCACGGGAAUCCCGCGCGCGCUGCAGACAUCCUCGACCGCAUCGAGAAGACCUGCCCUCACCUCGUGCAGAUACAAUACAGACGUGUAAAUUUGGAACGACGACGGGGCGACUACGAGAAAUGCUGCCAGCUGUACGAAGGUUAUAUAACAGCAGCGAAGAAUAAAGCGGUGGCAUCGGCCCUCGCUAUCAAAUAUGCGCGGUUUCUGUUCCACACGAGGCACGACCCCGCGGCGGCAGCUAAAGCACUCGACGAAGCCAUUACUAAGGACCCGCUUAAUCACAGGCUACACAUGCAGAGGCUCGACUUGGCCUUGCAUACUCCUGGUACACCUUACGAAGUUUUAGAAGAGCUGGUGCAGUCGUACGAGCGGCAGGAGGGCGCGGAGGCGGAGGUGAGCGCCGGCAUGGCGUGGCGGCGCCGCGAGCUGGCCGAGGAGCUGGGCUCGGCGCAGCACGCGCGCGCCGCCGCCGCCCACGCGCGGCAGCUGGCCCGACACCUGCGCAAGCGAGCCCGCAAGGACAAGCACGACCCGCCGCCGCCGCCCAGUGCUUCUACGGACGCAACAAAGAAGAAAGAGAACAGCGCGGCGACAACGCCUACGACCACCGCGAGCAGCAACUCGUACUACCCGACGUCGGCCGCCACCGCGCAGUCCUACGAGCAGUCGUACGCGCAGCCCUACCAACCGCCCUGGGGCUACCAGCAGGCGGCCGGGCCCUACCAGCACCAUCCGCACACUUGGCCGCAGUACCCCAACUAUUACUAGCGCACCCACAUGGCUGAUGCCUUUCGUACGAUAGUAAUAUAGAAUUAUAAUAGAAUGAUGUAUGUACUAUAUAUAAUAUUUUUUGCUUGACUGAUAUUAUGUGAUUUGUACAAGUACUUGGCGAGCGUGCAGCAUAUUCUAGAGAACACAAAGUCAGUUUUCCUUGAAGAAUCUUUAUUAAAAGUAAAUUUUACAAUCUAAAAGUUCUGUAUAAUUUGAGAAGUAAAUGAUUGUCACUAUAAUCAUGGUAUCUCAUUUCCAUCCUUCAGUCUUUAAAUAUAAAUAAGUGUGAUGCAGAGGUACAUUUAUUUACAACAGGUUUACAGAGGACAAUAAAUCUAUCGAAAGCUAUAGAAAGGACAGUAGAUAACAGGUUGCGCCCAGCGCUCGUUCUAAUACUGCGGGCACUAGUGCAAACUCUUAUUUAUAUGCUUAAUAUUAUGUAAUGCAUAUACUAAUGACGUAUUCUAUAAUCUUUAUUAUAGUAAAUCUCUAAAAACUAUUGUAAAGGUAACAAGUUCUCAACGUUUUCGUAAAUGCAUUACAAAAUCAAAAUAAAUAUAAAUAGGUAAUAAGUUUAUACACUACAUUACAUAUUCAUUGCAUCAUGACAAUAAUAAAUUAGUAAUUAUAUAUAAUAGAUUUAUUCAAUUCGGCGAUAAAAAUUCU